AUGGGGUCUAGUGUUUCUUCAACAGCAUCUAAUAUUAGAGAAAAAGAUGAUUCUUCAUCAUCAUCAAGAACUGAUCUUGGUGAUCUUCCAGAAAGCUGCAUCUCUUCUCUUCUCAUGAAUCUUGAUCCACCUGAUAUAUGCAAAUUGGCUAGAGUCAACCGUGCUUUUCAUAGAGCUUCUUCUUCUGAUUUUGUGUGGGAAUCAAAGUUACCAUCAUGCUACAAGUUUCUUGCUAGUAAAGUUCUUGAUGAAGAAAGUGUUUCCACUAUGACUAAGAAAGAGAUCUAUACAAAACUAUGUCAAAGAAAUCUCUUUGAUGGUAAUACCAAAGAAGUUUUGUUGGAUAAAUGCAGUGGACAAGUUUGUUUGUUCAUGUCAUCAAAGUCUUUGAAGAUAACUGGAAUAGAUGAUAGAAGAUACUGGAUUUACAUUCCAACUGAGGAAUCCAGGUUUAAGAAUGUGGCUUAUCUUCAACAAAUGUGGUGGGUUGAAGUAGUAGGGGAGCUAGAGUUUUUAUUCCCUGUGGGUAGUUACAGUGUAACUUUCAGAAUAAAAUUGGGAAAGCCGUCGAAACGGUUGGGCCGGCGCGUUUGCAUCGUUGAUCGAGUUCGUGGAUGGGAUGUAAAGCCGGUUAGAUUUAAACUGACUACAUCAUACGGUGAAUGUUCAAUAUCGGAGUGUUAUUUGAAUGAGUCGGGGGAAUGGGUUUAUUACCAUGUAGGAGAUUUUGUGGUUGUAAAGCCCAAUGAGCCCAUGAAAAUUAAGUUUUCUUUGGCCCAAAUUGAUUGUACUCAUACCAAAGGUGGGUUAUGUGUAGAUAGUGCAAUUAUUUGCCCAAGUGAGUUUAAAGAAAGACUCAAACAGUUUUAG